AUGCCGCCCAAGCAGAACGGAGAGACUGAACACGACCUGCAGGAUGCCGUCUUUGCCAAGAACCACCUCGCUGCCCUCGAAGCAAAGAUAGACGAGCUUCUCGCUGCCACUGGCCAACAACACCAAUCCGAAUCUUCCUCCACACAAUCCAACGGCACGACUCACAACACCAACACCCAGACAGACUCAUGA